AUGAGAGUAAUGACGGCGGAGAGGGUGAACAGACCGAAAAUAAAUGGGUGCCAUAUCCAAUGGUAUAAUAUUGGUUUUUGGAUAAGUACCCGGUCGGAUAGACUGUCUGCACAACUCGAGCAAGGACACAAGAAGUGGCGACCAAGGAUUCAGAAGAAAGAAGAGCGAGCAGCAGCCGAUCAAGGAUUCAGAAGAAAGAAGACCGAGCAGCAGCCGAUCAAGGAUUCAGAAGAAAGAAGACCGAGCAGUAGCCGAUCAAGGAUUCAGAAGAAAGAAGACCGAGCAGCAGCCGAUCAAGGAUUCAGAAGAAAGAAGACCGAGCAGCAGCCGAUCAAGGAUUCAGAAGAAAGAAGACCGAGCAGCAGCCGAUCAAGGAUUCAGAAGAAAGAAGACCGAGCAGCAGCCGAUUAA